GACAGCAAGCAUGAAGGUCUUUGUGUUCCUCGCCGUGAUCGCCGUCGCCCGCGCUGGGUUCGUGGGUGCUCCAGCUGCCGUGGCUGCCCCAGUCUUCUCCGUUGGUGUCCCAGCCGUUCCCACCGUCAACGUUGUGUACAGAACUCAAGGACAAACCGCCGGCCCCUACAGAGCUAACGGAAACGGAUUCCGUGCCGCUGGUCGUCGUCAAGCCGCUGGCGUUCAGUACGCUUCAGCUCCCGUUCAGCAGGCUCCAGCUCAACAACAGUACGCUGCCGCCCCUGCGCAAGCGCCAGCUGCCCAUUAUGCCGGAGCUGCCGCUGGCAGCUACGCUCAAGCUCCAGCAGCUCAGUACUCUCAGGCCCCAGCACAACAGUAUGCUCAGGCUCCAGCAGCUCAGUAUGCUCAAGCUCCAGCACAACAGUAUGCUCAGGCUCCAGCAGCUCAAUACGCUCAAGCUCCAGCACAACAGUAUGCUCAGGCUCCAGCAGCUCAAUACGCUCAAGGUCCAGCAGCUCAGUAUGCUGCUGCCCCUGCCGCUGGUGGACCAGCCGCUGCUUCCCCAGUAUCUGCACAGUUCACAGUCUCCUUCGUGACCUCCGGUCCAGCUGCUGCCGCUGCAGCUUCCCCAGCAGCUCAAGCUGGCCCAGCUUCCUACUCCGUCUCUCCAGCAGCACCAGCUUCCUACGCAGCCGCUGCUGCACCAGCUGCUCCAGCCCAAUACGCUGCCGCUGCUGCCCCAGCUGCUCCACAGUACUCUGCUCAGCAGCAGUACGCUCCAGCCCCAGCUGCCCAGCAGCAGUACGCUCCAGCCCCAGUUGCCCAGCAGCAGUACGCUCCAGCCCCAGUUGCCCAGCAGCAGUACACUGCUGCCCCAGCCCCAGUUGCCCAGCAACAGUACGCUGCUGCCCCAGCCCCUCAGCAGCAGUACGCUAGCGCCCCAUCUGCUCAGCAACAGUACGACGACGCUGCCGAUCAGCCUUCUUCUGCAGCACAGUACUCCUCCGGUGCAUCAGGCCAGGGCGUUUCUGGCACUCUCCAAUACUCCGUAGCACCAGCUGCUGUCCAGUUUGGAGCUGCACCCGCCGCUGUGGCUUUCCCCACCGCUGCCCACGUUUAUGGCGCUGCCAUUUCUAGCCCAGCUGUCUUCGGGACCGCUUAUGCCCCACUCGGCAAGGUCUAUGGUGCUGCUGCUGCACCAGUUCUCCUGAAGAGCCAUGGUCUUGGCUACGGCGCGAAGCACGCCUACUUCUAAUUUAUUACAAAAAUUGUAAAAAUAACAAAUUGAAAACAAAUUCGAGACGUCUAGCGCGUGUGAGCAAUUGUGCUCACGGAAGCUGUAGACGUGAGACAAUAAAGGAAGGUUG